GCAAACCGACGUGGAAGCAGUUCCCUCUUUCAGGAGAAAAAUAAAACGCAUUUUGGAACAAAUUGUCUGACGGACAGAAAACACAACAGGGAAUGGCCUCUGCUAACACUUUCUGGUCUGAGGAGGACUUUUCAUGUUCCAUCUGUCUGGAUGUGUUCAGCAGCCCGGUUACCACACCAUGUGGACACAACUUCUGCAGAACCUGUAUUACAAAGUUCUGGGAUGAACAAGUCAAGUACAAAUGUCCUGUUUGCAACAAGAUUUUCGACACAAAACCUGACCCACAGGUCAAUACCCUCUUAUCACAGCUGGCUGCUCAGUUUAGAACAACCGUACGAGUUAAAGAGCAGCCUUGUGUUGAACCAGCAGAAGUUCCCUGUGACUUCUGUACUGGGACACAGCAGAAGGCUGUGAAGUCCUGCCUAGAGUGUUUUAUGUCUUUCUGCCAAACCCACCUGGAGCCACAUCAGAGAGUAGCAGUCCUGAAGAAACAUCGGCUGGUUGAGCCUAUGGACCGUCUGGAAGACAGGAUGUGUAAGAAACACGACCGACUUCUGGAGCUCUUCUGCCAGACUGAACAGGUGUGUGUGUGUCAGUUCUGCACAGAGUCAGACCACAAGUCCCAUCCUGUUGUACCUCUGAAGGAGGAAUAUGAAGUGAAGACGGCCCAGCUGGGGAAGAUAGAGGCUGAAGUUCCGCAGAUGAUCCAGGAGAGAAAAGAAAAGAUUAAGGAGAUAAAAGGCAAAGUAGAAAUUAGCAACAAAGAUGCAGACAGAGAGAUAGCCAUUGGUGGGCAGGUCUUCACUGCUCUGAUAGGCUGUGUUGAAAAGUGCCGCGAUGAAUUCAACCAAACGGUUCAAGAGGAACUGAAAUCCACAGCGAAACAAGCUGAAGACCUCAUCAAAGAGCUGGAGCAGGAAAUAGAAGAUCUGACCAAUAGAUGCUCAAAGGUGAAGCAGCUCUCACACACUAAAGACCACCUCCACUUCCUCCAGACCUUCAGAUCCCUGAAGGAUCCUCCACCCACCAGGGACUGGACCACGGUGGAGGUCCGUCCUCCGUCAUACGUAGGGACCUUGAGGAGAUCCCUGGAUCAGCUGGAGGAGACACUGAACAUGGAUAUGAAGAAGCUGAGUGAUGAUGCUGUACUGAAGAGGGUCCAGCAGUAUGAAGUAGAUGUGACUCUGGAUCCUGAUACAGCUGCUUCCAGUCUCAUCCUGUCUGAGGAUGGGAAACAAGUACAUUGUGGAGGUGUGGGGAAGGUACUCCCAGACAACCCUAAGAGAUUUACAAAGUAUACAUUGGUUCUCACGAGGCAGAGCUUCACCUCAGGGAGAUUUUACUUUGAGGUACAGGUUAAAGACAAGACUGCAUGGUGGUUAGGAGUGCUCAGAGAGUCCAUCGAUAGAAAAGUUGUGACCACGUGGACCCCUGAGACGGGUUACUGGAUUCUUCAAUACACCAAGGAUGGGUUGGUAUUUAUAGAUAACCCUUCUGCCCGUCUCCCUCUGAGAGCUGGGCUCCAGAAGGUGGGGGUGUUUGUUGAUUAUGAUGAGGGUGUGGUCUCCUUCUAUGAUGUAGAAGCCAGGGUUCAUAUCUACUCUGCUACUGGCUGCACAUUCAGUGAGCCUCUCUAUCCAUUCCUCUGCCCAUUUCCCCGUGAUUAUGGAGGUAACAACUCUGCCCCCCUGAUCAUCUCACCUGUCAAUCAAACAGACUAGGACCUUUGUUUGAUAAUAAAACAAAGAAACAACCAAAACAACUAAUGUUGUUUACUGAAUUAGAAUCUCUACUAUGUGAGGUCUGAGAGAACUGCUUUAAUGUCGUACUGCUGACAUUUAACGAGGAGAUGUUCUUUAAGAACAUAAUCACAGUUGUUGAAUUCAACCCAUUAUAAAUGGUUAGAUUACAAUAUAUCUUAUUCAUGAGAUUUUUUUGCGUUUAAUGCUAUACAUUAAACCUACAAAACCUACAAUAUCUUUUUAAUUGAUCUUGGGGCCCCAGGCCAGCUCGGGGUCCCCUCGAGGGGGAUCCCGAUAACAGUGUCAUUGCACUUUACUGCAUUGACUAUCAAAGGGGCGCUCACACAGUUUGUCGAUGCAUUUUAUUCAUAACCAGUCGUUGUCUUGGGGCCCCAGGCCAGCUCGGGGCCCCAAGCAACUGCUUGGUUUGCUUGCCUUCUCGCGACGGGCCUGGUUGUCUCUGACUGAAGGUGAACUCGUCGGUAUGGUUCAUCUGCCCUAAUCUAUCCCCAGUUGUUGAACAUAGCCCAUUUUAAAUGCUUAGAUUCCAAUCUAUCUCAUUCAUGUUUUCUCGAGAUUUUUUUACACGUUUAAUGCUAUAACAUAGUAAACAGUUGCAUUCAUGUAGAAUAUUUUUUGAUGUUUCAUUUGUAUAAUAAUGAUGACCCAAUAACCUUUUCUUAAAAUCUUCAUUGGUUUUACUUCUGAACACUUUUCUAAUUUCUUUUAUUUAAAACAAAAGACGAAAAAUGAAGAGAGUUUAGAGUUUCGUAGAAAUAUUUCCUCAUUGGGAUUCAAAAAAUAUAUUUUUUUUCAAAUCCCUUAUUUUGAUCAUUUUGAGAUUGACGGAAUGUUUAAAAUCACUGAAAAUUUGUAAAAGUAUUUUAUUUUUUGACCAGUAAUUGACCAAAUCUCUACCAUGAAACAACUCUUCAUGUAUUACACACUUAAACAAAGAUCACAGUGGCUACAUGUAAAGAUUCUCACAAUGUGUGUGAGUACCGUGACUUUGUCUUGUCAGCUCUCCUCUCCUCUCCAACCUCUUCUCCCUCCUUUCUUCUCCUCCUCUUUCUUCUCCUCCUCUCCCUUCUCCUCCUCCUCUCUCUUAUCUCUGCUCUAGUCUGUAGCUCAGAUUGUGUUCAUUAUUGUCGUACAUUACAUUACUUAUGGUCUAAAUAAGUCUCCAAGUGUGUCGUUAGUCGCCUUACAGAAAUAAAGGCACUCAUAGGAUCAAAGAUACGUGCACAACUGUUAACGAUCUGUAAUAUUUUGUACUAUUCUUUAGUCAUUCUGUUUAUGAUGUACUUGUAAGUGACUUUUUUUCAGUUAUAUUUGUUGUUAAAGCAUAAUGGUAAUAAACAACUCAGUCCAACCCACUGAA